GCAUUCAAUACACAUGGAAUACACAGAUAAAAUGAAAAAGUUAUAGAUACGCGAUACGAUAUCAAAGAUUAUCUCGAGCGUCGAGAUAAUAGUUUAAGUGAUAUUGGUGCUAAAAGAAACUACAUACUUAUAAAACAAUCAGACAUAAGACUUGGCCAAGCAUGUUUACUUUAAAUUACGCCGUCUUUAGUGUUGUGUCAUCGUACAGUGUGCUUGGGGCCACGGAACUCAUUAACAAUAAAAAUAUUAUACCGAUAAAUUGAGACCUAAACGCGAUAACCUAAUAUAUUCGAAAGUUGUGUUAUUAGUAUAUCAUUUUCUGGCCCAAUAUUGCUAGUUAUCGGCUCUCUUCAACCGUACCUUUAAACGAUAUUACAAGUGUGAUGAGUUAAUAGUUGAUAAAAUACAGUGCUGAAUAGAGGGCUUGAGUGACAUUGUGGUGAUUUGUGUUACAAACAUUUUGCAAGUGUUAAUUUACUUAUUAAUUAUGGAGAAGUUGAAACAAAAAUCCAAAAAAGACAAAUCAGCAAAAAAUGCUGAUAAAGAUAAGUCCACUUUAUUUAUUUCCGAUGUCAAAAGUCUUAAGGAGAAUCUUAAAAUACGAGAAAUCCUGAGAACUGUUAAAAUGAACAGCAGUAUGAGACUAAAGGCGCCUAGAGGAAGUAAAGUGAUGCAAAACAAAGAUUUCAAUGACAAUGAUGAAUUAUUUGAUGAAACGACGAGUAACGUCAGCCAAGACUCAAUUGAAUCGCCGAGUGCUUUAAAUCCUGUCAUGGUACGGAACUGUUACGGCGACGUAAACGAUCAUAGCCCUGGUAAUGACGCCUCUGGUGAUGUUCACGAAAAUAAUAAACCUAACAACGAAGUACAUAAUAACGAUCGCGAUGAAAUCUCAACACCACUCAAUGAUUCUUUUUUACACAAAAAUCAAAUACAUAAAUCAAAUAGUCUGGCUGAUUGUUUAAAUACGGAUUCCGAGAGUAUAAAAAGCAAUCCUGUUACACCAGUUACUCCACAAUCCCCUACACUAAAUGCAAAAGUCCCGCAACGGCAUCGGAAACUGUCUCUCGACCAAACAAUGUUGUCAAGAAGCCAAAGUUUGUCGCAAUCCAGUGUAGACCUUCAUUCAGUAGGAAAGUCUCCCUUGGAACGAAAAUCGUCAUUUUUUCGAAAGAAAAUGGAUAGCUUUUUAAAGAAUACCACAGAAAUCUUUAAAAGGCAGUCGUUCCAGUCAAAAUCUCCAAGCAUUGAUCGAAGGGGAUCAAUGUCUGUGUCCCUUCAAUCUUUGAAUGGAAGAGCUUUGUAUAACGGAGACAUCAGUGAGGAAACAAUAGACACGCAUGGAGAAGUUCAAGGCAGCGCAACGAGCCUGCAGUCCUCUUUGACGGCGGAACGCAGCGCGUCAAGCCUAUCCGUCGGUCAGAGUGACCGUCUGGCCAGGGAUGUCCAGUUUGGUAGUGACAGUAUCGGCAGCAGCCCAGCCCUCGUAGCGAGCCAGCCUCUCAUUGACGUCUCAUCUAACAGUGUCAACAGUCUGAACGAAGCAUUGGUGCAAGACGCAAUGUUGAACCGGGCGAUCUCGAUGAGUUCUGGACUUGACUCAGCACAAGGGAAAGCUCGACGGAAAGCCUCUAGAUCUAACAGACUCACGUGGGUGGCCAGCGAAGGAAUAACAAAUUACUUCAGGCGUCUCAGCCAAGGCGAGAAAAACCGGGAGAUGCAGGGCUGCCAUUCCUACCAGGAUUUCUCUACUAUACCGGAAAACAAUCUUUGUGGACCCAAAACUGAUUCAAAAGGGAGAAGACUGUCGUACCAGCGAGCGGUGUCAGGCGAGGAUCCACUCCCGCCCUCUAGAUAUCACGAUACGAACCUCCGAAGAAAACCUCUCAUACCCGAAAAUUCUGAGGCGGACUUCGAGCUCGUGCAGUUGCUUGCGGACUACACCCGCAAUGGAGUGCCACCGCUGCGCGGACUCGUCCUCGCCCCCAUCUCAGAUAGGGCCUUCGCCUACCUGUGCUGGGCGGAGCGCAUCGAAAACCUCAUUGAGUAUUACGACAGCAAAGGAGCUGGCCUUAGCAAGACUGAGGAGCAACGCCAGUCUGCCAUCAGGGAGUUGGUGGCUACGGAGGCGGACUACAUACGCCAUCUAGUCUCCAUUGUUGAGAUAUUUAUGGCCGCUGCACACGCACUUCAAGAUAAUGGUAAAAUAUUAGAUAUAGAUACAGAGAAACUAUUUAAUAACAUACCGGAUAUUCUGAACGCAAAUUUAUACUUUUGGGAACAGACACUCGUUCCAAUGUUAACAGAUGCUGUCGAAAAAAGUAUACCAUUUAACACGGAUUUGAUGUCGGGCGGAUUCUGUCGCUUUCGCGAGAUAUUUACGCCAUACGAAAAAUAUGUAAGCCGACAGAACAAAUCCCUGGACUAUCUCAAGUCCUUAUCAAAUAACGUAGACUUUGCAGAGUACUUAACAUGGUGCCACAACAACAAAUCUUGCAAUCGAUUACUCCUAACGGACUUUCUGUCCAAGCCAAUGCAAAGGCUAACCAAAUAUAGCCUCCUGCUGAGAAGAAUAAUAACGCACACGGAAGGAGAACCAGAACGGACUUUACUCAUGGCGAUGGAAGCAUUUACCAAAAACUACGUCCUAGAUGUGAACCGCACGAUCCGGCAGCGUCAAGAGCUGGAGAUGAUCGACCACCUGUCAAAUAUCAUCGACACCUACGAACUCGACUUUAAGGACGAAGAGUUGGACAAAUGCUUUCGCUCGCUGUCAAGUUUGAACCUUAAAGCGCCGAUGCCUAACUGCUUGCCGGGCCAUUCGAGGACACUCAUCUUUCAAGGAGACCUACGCUAUAAGGAUUCCGGGAAGGAGCAAGAUGUCAGAGCCUUCCUCCUGACUGACAUGCUGCUUAUCUGCAAGAAAGUGAACAAGGGACCGUACCAGUAUAAAAUGUUAAGGCCUAAAUUCAUGGUAGACAAGAUGGUACCAUUCCCAAAAAACCCAGUGCGGACACACAAGGACUUAGUGGGACUGAUAUUCGUGGCGGUCGAUGAGGUCGGAUCAGCGUGCACCGCUUUCGCUCUCACAGACCCUGGGAAAGACGCCAACGGUGUCCCUGUUACUCUUAGGACCUGGGAGGCUAAAGUACGCGAGGCGAAGAUGACUUAUGACCUCAGCGUGUUUUAUGCUAAACAUCCUAAUCGAGAUUUCUCGGAAUCAUCAUCCGAUUAUGGAUUGAUAACGGACGAAAGAUAAGACCAAAUCCAAGGAGAAGGAAAAGCAGAUGGGAAAAGAAAUUGAGAAAUUAAGGCAAACAGAAGAAGAUAAAAUGGCAAAAGAUGAGCACGAUGCGAAGGAAAUAAAGAAAUCAGAACAAAUUGAAAAAGAAAAAACGGAAAAACCAGAGAAGGAGCAACAACAGAUAGAGGUACAAAUAGAAAAGGAAAGCCAACAGGAAAAAGACCAUGGCAGAGUUGAGCCUAAAGAACAGAUUGUAGAUGACAAAGAGGAUAUAACAACAGAAUGCGACGAUGCAAAUAAAGACGCGACAGUAAUUAUUAAAGGAAAGGGAAAGGGAAAGGGCAAAAGAACAGACAAGAGCAAGGAUGGAGGCAACGAUGAGACUAAGACCUCAGCAAAAGAUGAAAGUGAGGAAAUAAUCAUUGAGGAAGUGAACAAGAGUUUAGUUCAGGAACAAGACGUAUCCAGUGGCAUAGGACAAGGUGGCGGUUCAUCUGUAAGUGCGAGCGACUUGGCGCAGGGUGACCGCGAUGCUUGACGACGACGGUGGCGCCUGCUGCGCGAAUGAACCGUGAGCAAACGGUUCUCGGUACACCGACUUUACCGCUGGUGCUCCUAAACAAUGUAGGAGAAAAUACUGUGCUGUAAAUAUAGUGAUUUACUAAAGUGAUUGAACAUUAUAAGCCGCAGCUAGAUAAAAACCUAUAGUAUUGUACACGGGUGUACAUAGUUGUACAUAGAUUAUAAAAUUUUAAGAUUUUUCUAAGUUUUCUAAGAUUAUAUUGGGGUAGUUAGCUAUUUUAUUUAAUGUUAAGUUGCGUUUAAAACGGUACAAUGAGCUGGUUGAUUUAUACAGAAAGUUAGGUAUGGUUCCGCUUUGUAAAUAAAUGUGCGUUUGUAUUCCUUAUGAUUAUAUUUUGUUAAUUUUUACUUUAAUAUGUUUGAUAAAUUUUACUCAUAAGUUCCAUUCAUAUAAAACUUUGACAGUUUUUCUUUUUUAAACUUAGGUUUUAUGUUCCAGUUACAGUUAGGCCGCAGAAUUACUUGGUACAUACUGUACUAGUUGAUUACCCUUCAUGACUAUAGCUUUAAUCUGGGUUGUUCCUUAUGUCCCCACGCUACCCCUCCCUUAACUCUUUUUGCUAUAUCUUCUAUUACUUAAUUUACUUUCACGUUCUACCUUUUGUACAUAAUACAAACUUAACAUAGAAUUUGUAAAAUAUGAGUAUUUUUAUAAGAAAUAAUUGUAUUAUGUACGUACUUAGUAUUAUUAAAACGGACAUGAAUUAAAACCUGUGGCUUAAAUAAUACUUGAAGCGCUCACGGUUUCACACGCAUUUCAAAGAUGCGUAUACUGUUCACAUAAUGUGCCUUCUCUGAUCUAUUGGGAAAUCACGGCGUCAUGUUGCCUCGGUAAGAGCCCACCGCGACAGCAUGCCAUCAAAGAUAAGCAAUGGUGUGUUAGUGUCAUCAUGCCAUUCCUCUCCUGAUGCACUUCUAUCUGUUAAUGCGGGUAGUAUUUGUGUUCAUUGUAAAUAACUUGUAAAUAGGUAGUUCGCAUUAACAAUAUUAUGUGCAUCGUUUUACCGUGAUUAUUUCAAUGGUAGGACUGCGCGAUCGUCGAUAGUGUAACGACGUCGCAAGCAGUCCUGUAGGCGCCUACUGCCUAGUCACGAUGAAGAAGCGCGAAUUACGCUCCCGCUCCAGCCCAGCGACUGUUGCGGCUCGUGGCUAGAUUGUCGGCCUCCUAGUGAGCGUACAAGUGUUAAGGGAGCCUUGAUUUAAAAAAUACCUGCUCAUACUUGGCGAAAGCGAAUACCGGAAUAGGCAAACUCGGAUUUCACAUUGUAAUAUAACAUGUUAUCACACUUGAAUACUACAACAAUGGUACCAACAUUUUGGAUAGGACGGAGCAAUACCUCUAGCCUCAACUGAUUGAACUUGUAUUAGAGACUAUUAUUAUUUAUUUAAUGCAACUUACUCCAUACAAAUAUAAUGUUGGAGUUAGUAUUAAGACUAGACAAAGAUAAAAUCAAUUUCUGCAAAGCCACAUACCGGCUACAUUACUUGGUCCUUUAAUUGAUUAUUCUUCAAAUACCCUCAAAUUGUACAUUGUAGUAAAUUUUAGUAUGUACCCAUAUUUUUAUAGUAAUCAGUACAUAUUCAAUUCUCCGCUGUAUGUUUAUAAAUUUAAGCCAUUCUCGUACGUAACAAUAGACACCCUGUACACAUAAUAUUCAUAACUUUAUGAAUUAGAAAACAUUUAUGAACUUCUCUAAGUAAUGCUUACAUAGAUUGUUUCUCCUACUGGUGGAUUAUAGAAUUAUUGAAUUUUAUUGUUACUAUGGGGAUGGUGGGGUUUGUGAAAUAGCAAAUAAACUUCUAUUAUUCGCAAAUUACACAUUGUAGUACAACUUUGCUACUUGUAGGUAUUCCUUCACAGCUAGGAAUUUGAAAAUACCAAAUAUAUUGUAGUCAUAACAUUUAAAUGUGUAUGUACCAAUAAUCUCUCCUGUCUUGGAAAUAGAAAUCAUAAUAGGUUUCGAAAAUAUUGUCAAAAUAUCAAUAUCAGUAGAUUUUUCUCGUCUCUAUCCCCGCCAGUAUAAUUAACCAAUACCUAUAUUAUGAAGCUUCACGAUAUAAUCAUAUAACAAUAUAGCCAGUUGAACAAAAUAGUGAGUUUUUUUCCAUGUGUAUUAUUUUUUUGGAGUCGUGUUUUCUUUGUAAGUUUUAGCUAAGAGAUUUGUUAAUGUUCUUUUGUGUGUGAAAAUACGCUAUAUGGUCAAUAAUGAAAAUAUCCUGUAGCGAAUUAUGCUUGGUAUAUUUAGAUUAUUUUUAAUACAUUAAUUUUACUAGUAUUAUCGUUAAGUUAAACUGUGAUUAAUUAAGUUCAAUAAUCUGCUUAUAAGCGAGGUUAUUUUCACUUUGUAACUCUAAGACAUGUAGCUCCUUUUCAAUAGACAUAUUAGCAUAUAAUAAAAAUAAAAUGAUGAUAUGAAA